UCAUAGUAUAGCCUUCCUGUUACGUUAAACUCAACUCCAUUUAAUCUCUGAAAUAAACCUGUAUCUCUUUUUCUGGGGCGCGGUAUCUUACACAACGGUUAUCAUUCGGUUGAUAGACUAUUACGAUCAGUCAAAAGUGAAACGUUGCUGCCUACGCAUUGUGGCCCAAAUUUACUUGUGUCCAGUUUCGGUGUCUUGCAGCCUCACCAUGUCCAUUAACGCAACCUCAAAGGACACGCUAGCUGAACUGGGAACUGAUGAUGAUACUCAGGACGACUAUGAUCCCUACAAGCAUCGAACGAUCAGCAAACCAAACUCCACGUUUGGCACAUUCGUACACGUUAUGAAGGGAGCCAUGGGUGUAGGAAUCCUAUCGAUGCCGUUUGCUAUUCGAAAUGGUGGACUGGUUUUUGGCAUUAUCGGAACGUUUCUGUUAGGAAUGCUCUACUCGCACUGUGUUCAUUUGUUGGUUGACACCGCUUACAAAAUAUGUAAAAGAGAACGUAUACCUAUGCUAAGCUUUGCAGAAACUCUGGAUCAUGCUUGUGCUUUGGGUUCACCUAGAAUACGACCAUUGGGGAAAAUAUUUAAGAAUAUUGUAGACUACUUUCUGAUGAUACCGAUAUCAUCAAUGAUCUACAUGGUGUUUGUUGGCUCGACCCUACACGACGUUAUCAAUGCUCGUACGGAUCUGGACUGGGAUGUCCGAAUUUAUAUUCUACUAGCCGCUGUACCAGCCAUUGGAAUAACCCAGGUCAGGGAAAUUAAAUAUCUCGUCCCAUUCUCAGCUAUAGCCACAACAUUGAUAUUUGCAAAUGUCGUCAUAUCCUUGUAUUACAUAUUCAAAGAGCCACUCUCAUUCGACGACCAAGACUUAUUUCCAUCUUUCAAUUCGUUGACAACUUUCCUCGGCGCUGCAUACUUUGCAUUUGAUGCAACAUCUCUCAUAUUCCCCGUGUCCAAUCAAAUGAAACACCCGGAACACUACCUUGGAUGCCCUGGAAUAGUAAACGUUAACAACAUAUGCUUGGCCAUUUUGUACAGUUUUAUUGGUGUAGCAGGCUACCUCCGGUAUGGCGAUAAAAUUCAAGGCUCAAUAACGCUAAACUUUCCCCAAGAAGAGGACUUAGCGAUGGUUAUACAAGUAUUGUCAGCAGUGGCCAUCCUAUUCUCAAUAGGAAUAUUUUUCUACGUUCCCAUUGAAAUAGUUUGGCGAAGGGUACAUGAUCGUGUACCGCCGAAAUGGCAUGUUGCAGCUCAAACAGGCAUAAGACUGUUGUACCUUAUCGGUAUCGUAGGCAUUGCUUGCGGUGUUCCGGAUAUUGGAACCUUCGUUGGAUUCAUUGGUGCUGUUUUCAAUCCUAUCCUUGCGUUGUGGUUUCCAAUCAUUGUAGACACAAUUUACCGCUGGCCGGGAGAUUUUGGAUGGAUGAAGUGGCGCCUGGUAAAAAACGGUCUGAUGGCAUUGUUUGGUUUGUAUCUCUUGAUCACAGGUACUAUAUCCAGUGUGGAAGACAUAAUCGAUUUAUACAACUAGUAACCAGUGAUUGAACGAAAUUAUAUAGAAGAACGCAUCAUAAAUAUAUGAACAC